AUGCCCUUCCUCCAAUCUGCGGACCCACCCGGCAAUGCGUUCGAGCAAUUGGUGCGCGAUCUCAGCGAAGCCCUAGGUCCAAGCUCGGGCCUCGACUCCGCCGAUGUCGACCCUCUGGACAUUCAGCGUCUCAUGUCGUUCUAUAUUUCGAACCCAGAUGAAUGGCAAGAUUUUGCCCUAGGCGAUGUCAGUAGGGCGUACACCAGGAAUCUCAUCGAUGAAGGCAACGGGAAAAGUAACCUUUUGAUUCUGGUCUGGAGUCCCGGCAAAGGAAGUCUGAUUCACGAUCAUGCCGGUGCUCACUGCGUCAUGAAGAUCCUCAAAGGCUCCGUCCAAGAAACGCUUUACUCCUGGCCUGACCAGAACAGAAUCAAACACGGACAGGCCUCGCCUCCGCAGGUCAAAAAGGUGACCACGUACAACGAGAACCAAGUGACUUACAUGUCUGACAAGAUGGGUCUCCAUAAAAUCUCCAAUCCCGAUCCUCACAAUGUCGCCGUUUCGCUACAUCUCUAUACGCCCCCUAACGCCGCAAAGCGAGGAUUCUCCAUAUUCAACGCCGAAACCGGCAAGGCGAUACAUGUCAAACAGUCGCAUUUCUACUCCGUCCGAGGCCGGCGAUGUUCGAAUCCAGCGUCUUAG